CCCUGUGAAUUAACAUCAAAGAAGAGGAAGAAACUAAAUAUUGCAAUUUGGUUUAUUUGUGUAAAUCCAAAUUGCAAACAAACGUUCGAUUACAAUAUGGCUGGAGAAGUGACUGUAGAUGCGUUACCAUACAUAGACCAAGGAUACGAUGACGCUGGAGUUCGGGAAUCGGCUCUUGCCAUGGUCGAAGAAGAAUGCCGGCGUUAUAGGCCGACCAAGAAUUAUCUCGAUCACUUGCCACCAUUAAACGCAAAUGCUUUCGAAACCGAAUUAAUGGCUAGCGAAUUUGAGCGCAUACAAAAUCGCAAGCCAAUGGAAACUCUAAGUAUGAAACGUUAUGAAUUGCCUCCGCCACCGUCUGGCAAACUGUCCGAAGUGACUGCUUGGCAGGAAUCCAUAGAAAAUUCAAUGGCACAAUUAGAACAUCAGUGGGUACGUGCAAUGAAUCUCGAGUUAAUGCUUGACUAUGGCAUUGAAUCGUGGAAAGCAUACUUAGAAGUGAUAGCCGCGCUUCAAGCUAAAACUCUAAUACAGUUACAAGAAUCAAAAAAACAAAUACAAGAUAUUAAUUGGCAACGAAAACAAGCACAGACCCAAGCUGGAGAAAAGCUAAAAACUUUAGAGGCCAAUUGGGUACUUUUGGUGUCUAAAAAUUAUGAAAUCGAGCAAAAGUGCGCUGAAUUAGAAGAACAAUUGCAAAAGGGACGUGUAGAAAUUGAAAAAUUAAAAACAAAAAAGCAAACAUCUCUGACCAAUGGGAACGCGUAAGGUUUUGAAAGUACAGUAGUAAUAAAAUGUUGUUAAUUUUAAAA